CAUCAAUGUCAAGUUAAUCUGUCAAUUACAACAGUUUUUUUAUUAAAUUUUGUCCAAUAUAAAUAAAUAUACCAAUUUAAGUAUUUAAAUUAGUGUUCCUCAUCGUAUAAACUAAAUUUCGCUUUAGAAUAUCACAGCUUUUAUUUAAGUUGCGUUCCGAUUUCGAAAACAAUCCUGUGGAAAUUGUAAAUGUAAACAAACAUACAUUGAGUCAUUAAUUAGUGGACAGGGUGUGACCAUAAUGUAAUGGUCAACACAAAUUCGAAAAUUACGAAUCGAGUGACAGAAGUUUUAACGAUCAAGCAAACAUGAAAUACUCAACUUUACUGUUCUACAUCGUUUUCAGUGUUGCAAUUGAAUUGUCCCUUUCUAUAAAUUGCUAUCAAUGUUCGGGCAGCGAUCCGACGCAGCCGUUUCAAUGCAACGAGUGGUUGAGCAGCGAUAUCGAUAUAAAGCCCGAAUCCUGCGACCAUGUUUACGGCGCUAAAUAUUGCGUUAAACACGUUGGUCGAUUCGAAGGAGGUAUCGGUGCGAAGAGGUUCUGCUCUUCACUGGACUUGGGAAAUUAUUGUCACUAUGUGAAGCAGCCCGGAGAUCAAUUAUUUUACAGGACGUGUUUGCACACUUGCACAGGAGACGGGUGUAAUUCGGCGUAUCACUCGAAGCCUUUCUCCCUAGUUUUAUUGGCACUUAUUGGCGGUGUUAUUGCGAUGAAUUUGACGUAAUUUUUCGUAAGUACUUCGUAAGUACAUUUAAUGUGGGUCCAACAGUAAGUUUGUAAAUAAGAGCGAUGGUUUUACAAUUUUUUACGAAUUUUAUACGAUAAUUAAAUAUAUUUUGUAAUCAG